GGUCCAACUGUCGGCCCAUGCGUUCCACACACAGGAAGUGAGUUUUUUCAGGUCCCUUAGGCCACUUGGUUCUUGCAUCUACCCUGCCAGUCUCCGUCAACAUCAGGGGGAACAGCUGACUGAUAUGAAAAUAAAUUAUAUAGACAGAGAAGAAGAAAUGUAUGUGACUGAUAAGAAGCCAGAAGAUAUAGAGGGAGAAGAAGAGACGCAUGUGACUGAUAUAAAGGCAGAAGAUACAGAGGGAGAAGAAGAGACGUAUGUGACUGAUAUAAAGGCAGAAGAUAUAGAGGGAGAAGAAGAGACGUAUGUGACUGAUAUGAAGGCAGAAGAUACAGAGGGAGAAGAAGAGACGUAUGUGACUGAUAUGAAGGCAGAAGAUAUAGAGGGAGAAGAAGAGACGUAUGUGACUGAUAUGAAGGCAGAAGAUAUAGAGGGAGAAGAAGAGACGUAUGUGACUGAUAUGAAGGCAGAAGAUAUAGAGGGAGAAGAAGAGACGUAUGUGACUGAUAUGAAGGCAGAAGAUAUAGAGGGAGAAGAAGUGACAUAUGUGACUGAUAUGAAGGCAGAAGAUACAGAGGGAGAAGAGACGUAUGUGACUGAUAUGAAGGCAGAAGAUAUAGAGGGAGAAGAAGUGACAUAUGUGACUGAUAUGAAGGCAGAAGAUACAGAGGGAGAAGAGACGUAUGUGACUGAUAUUAAGGCAGAAGAUACAGAGGGAGAAGAAGAGACGUAUGUGAGGGGUGAUCAGCAGUGUAAGGAGGAGGAAAUCCCUACAGAUAUCAGCACAGUAGAUGGAGGCACAAGCCGGAAUGCCUUGGAGGGAGAUCUCAUCUUGUCUGCAGAUACUAAAAUAGAAGAUAACAUCACACCAGAUUCUCCAGGAGACAGCGCUGUUAUGCUAAAUAUACAUCCAGUACCUCACAGCGCAGAUAUAUCAUCCAAUCCCUCUAAUCACGAGGACUAUUCUCCUGAUACUUCAGCUUUUGUAACACAUAGUGCAGCUCAUACACCUGAUAAUAUAUUCCCCUGUUCCGAGUGUGGGAAAUGUUUUACACUUAAAUCACAUCUUGUUACACAUCAGAGAAGUCACACAGGUGAGAAGCCAUUUCCAUGCUCUGAGUGUGGGAAAUGUUUUACACUUAAAUCAUAUCUUGUUACACAUCAGAGAAGUCACACAGGUGAGAAGCCAUUUCCAUGCUCUGACUGUGGGAAAUGUUUUACACUUAAAUCACAUCUUGUUAGCCAUCAGAGAAGUCACACAGGUGAGAAGCCAUUUACAUGCUCUGAGUGUUGGAAAUGUUUUACACAGAAAUUAAACCUGGUUAGCCAUCAGAGCAGUCACACAGGUGAGAAGCCAUUUCCAUGCUCUGAGUGUGGGAAAUGUUUUACACUUAAAUCAAAUCUUGUUAGCCAUCAGAGAAUUCACACAGGUGAGAAGCCAUUUCCAUGCUCUGACUGUGGGAAAUGUUUUAGAUGGAAAUCACAAAUUGUUACACAUCAGAGCAGUCACACAGGUGAGAAGCCAUUUCCAUGCUCUGAGUGUGGGAAAUGUUUUACACUUAAAUCAUAUCUUGUUAGACAUCAGAGAAGUCACACAGGUGAGAAGCCAUUUACAUGCUCUGAGUGUGGGAAAUGUUUUACACAGAAAUUAAACCUGGUUAGCCAUCAGAGCAGUCACACAGGUGAGAAGCCAUUUCCAUGCUCUGAGUGUGGGAAAUGUUUUACACUUAAAUCAAAUCUUGUUAGCCAUCAGAGAAGUCACACAGGUGAGAAGCCAUUUCCAUGCUCUGACUGUGGGAAAUGUUUUAGAUGGAAAUCACAAAUUGUUACACAUCAGAGCAGUCACACAGGUGAGAAGCCAUUUCCAUGCUCUGAGUGUGGGAAAUGUUUUACACUUAAAUCAUAUCUUGUUAGACAUCAGAGAAGUCACACAGGUGAGAAGCCAUUUCCAUGCUCUGACUGUGGGAAAUGUUUUACACAGAAAUCACAUCUUGUUACACAUCAGAGAAGUCACACAGGUGAAAAGCCAUUUCCAUGCUCUGAGUGUGGAAAAUGUUUUACACGUAAAUCACAUCUUGUUACGCAUCAGAUUUCACACAGAAGCAUUACUAUGAGUUGAUACAAAACAGGGUUGAAGCAACACUCCUGUCACACACUAUUUUAACACGUUAUGUUAUCCUUCCACAGAUAAUUGGAAUGUGUGUCAUUAAUAUAAGAUGACUAGAUCACUCCAGCAAAACUUUUAGUAAUUUCUCCUAUAUAUUUUUCUGUAUAAUAUUUCCUAUAUAUGUAAUUUAGUCUAGAUGUUGCCAGCACUCUCCACAGUAAUACCAGACCACAUAGCUGUUAUGUAUGGGUUACAUUGUAUGGAUUUCAGUCACAGAUAAACGAUAAAACACA